GCAUGUUAGUUUAGGCUGCAUGUUAGUUUAGGCUGGUAGGCGCUAGUGUUGACAAGCAUGGCGGACGAGGAGUACCCGUCAGUCGCCUCCCUCCUGGAGAAAUCCCUACAGAUCCACCAAGAUGUUCAGAAGUCUAUCUUACCGACCAGUUCUGAGGAACUUCAGGAAAAGAUUAAAGAAGGUAUAGAUGGAUUGAUCAAGACUACAGUGUUGGUGUCAGAACUUGGGGUUUUCAGCACUAACGAAACACUUGAUGAACUGCCCACAUCCUCAAUCAAGUUCCUCUUGCUGCCAGUCCUCCUUGGUUCCCUCUCUCUUAAACGCACAGACAUUGAUCGAUUGGAAGUUUUAAGACUAGCAAAUGUGUAUUUUAGGGACUUCAUAAUCCGCUGCAGGCAAUACAAACUUACGGAUGUUUCAUUACCUGAUGAUCAGAAUGAUAGUGAUACACAGUCUGAAGAAAAUGUUGUGCACAAGCCUUCAUCAAAAACAGCAAUGCCAACCCCAGAGGAACUUCAAGCAAUGGCCAGACAACGGCAAGAGAAAAUACGAAGGUAUAAGGAGACGAAAGCUAUUGGAGAACGGCUUAAUGAUCUGAAAAAAGUACUUGAUAACCCUAAUUACAGUGACGAUACUCUACGAGAAUAUAAUAUCACUAUGGUUAAAAAAUUUAUUCAUGAAAGCUUAGACGAAUUGGAGAGCAUGGCAAUGGAACAGAAGAUGCUGUUAGAGAUGGCAGCCAUGAGAAGGAAGGGGUUGGUCCCUAAUCCAGCAGCAGCUUCCAAAGCAAAGCCAUUUAAGCCAAUCCUCAUCACAAGGGAUGCGUUACGUAAGAAUGUGUUUGGAAUGGGGUACCCAAGUCAUCCUUCCAUAUCAGUAGAGGACUUCUAUGACCAAAGAGUGAGAGACGGCUGGUUUCCAGAUCCAAGUAGAAGUCAGAACUGCCUUCAGGAUCGUGCUGCACUUGACCCUGAGGCCGAGAAAGAAGCCAUAGAACGUGAAGAGGAGGAAAAGGAAAAAGCCACAGAGCAAGACAACCCUGAGAAGUUGGCUAAAGAUAGAAAAUGGGACGAGUGGCGGGACACGCACAGGAGAGGAUGGGGCAACACCUACAACAGGAGCUAAGAAUGGCUUAAUGUAGCGAACAGAGCACUGAUGCUCGGGCUCUCAAUUAUCAAUACUGUAGUCAUUGUUUUGAACUUGAUUUUUUUGUUUUUGGUAUUCAGUAAUUAAUUAUUUUAUUAAAUAUAUUUUCAUUAUACCAAUCUAAGAAUUAUCAUGAUAAUCUGUAACUGGCAUAGAUUUUAUUGCCAGAUAUAAAUUAUGAGAUUAAAUGAUAUAUUAAACAUAUUACAAUUUUUUUUUGUUAAAUUCCUGUUCUGUAGUCAAAAGUAUCAGACUAGUGUAAACAUUGCCAGGGCUAUCGCCUCGGUUAUCAAGCCUCAAUUUCUUAAGUAAGCCACCACAUUUAUCAGAGACCUUGUACAUUAAUUUCAAGUUAGCUAAUAUACUCUUAUGCUCAUACAUUACUUACAUUUUAUGUUUUAUUGCUGUGUGAUUAAAUGUUUGUUUUCCAUGUUUUUAAAAAGUUAUUAAAAUUGGAAAACUUCAUGGCAGGAUUGUAGCUAAGCAUUUAUCUUGGGAUCCAAUGGAAAAAAUGGCUUUUAAUUCACAUAGAUUGGAUUUAAGGUGAAGGACAGACCCAAUAAAUAUGUAAGUGUAUUAUUAAGGGAAAUUUUUGGUUAAAACCUGCAUCCUUUAUUAAGGUAAUGUCAAACAGUGUUCAGAACAUUGUGUGACUGCACCUUGAUAAUGGAUGUAGCUUUGAUUCGAAGAUUUGGUUUAAUAAUACACAUUUAUUGGGCCUUUCCUUCACCAUUAUUUAACACUAUGGAAUUGUAGUAAGUUUCUCCAUAGUUGUAAUUAUUGAAACAUUUUUGGGGAAUACAUCUUGUUCAUUAAGUGUGGAUUGCCUGUACAAUCUUAAUUAUCAUCAUCCAUUAGUUUAACGUGGCCAAACUAUGUUCAUUCCUAAAUGUUGCAGUUUACACACUUUUACACAUUGCAUCUUUCCAUUACAGGUUUAUUACUUUAUUCUUCUAACACCACAUGUGCUUCUUAAGAAUGUUCAUUAUUAGUAGUGUCGGGCAAUUUUUGCUGUAUCAGCAUCAGCAAUCCUCGGUCUCACUUCCAUUGUUGUUAGAGCAGCUUAUUUCAUAUUCUGAGGGAUAAUAUUCAAGUUAAUUGUAAUAUAUUCCUCUUCAUCUUUAAGAUCUACCAGGUCCUUCAAAGUCCUUGCAAUUUUGCAUGUGUCAAUGGUUCCUACUGUGAUUAUGCUGCCUGUUUAGUGCCUGAAAGGUGGUUCACCAGACAUGGUACACAUCUUUUUACUGAGGCCCACCCAAUAAAGAAACUAAGGCGCUUGGGAUUCUUUCCAGUAUGGCAAACAAUCACCUGAAAUCUCUAGUAGCAAAUGACGUCCCACUAGAAUUGACGGAUCAUUUAUAUAUUGUUUGGUGACAAAAGUCGUUUUCAGACAAUUGGAGCCAUGUGCCCAACUUCUUCAGGAUGAUGGGAGUAGUAUGAGGGUUAAGGUCUUCUGGUCUGGCAUUCUGCUGGGCUUAAUGGUUGGUUUUUUGAGACUGGUGUUUGGAUCCUUAUUUACCAAAUCAUUAUCUGGAAGAAGCAAAUUAUGGCCACCGUUGAAUUUAUUGAGCGUGUCGCUGUAAACACGCACCAGUUAUUGGGUUUGUUGUGACAACUUUGCCCUCACUAAGCAUAUGCUUUCCACAAUAUUUUCAUGGAUUGAUUGAGGUAAUGCUCCAGUGUUUACCUGUUGCAACAUUAAAAAAAUACAUUGCUGGGUAAAACAAAACUUAUUUACAGUUUUUAUUAAGAAAAUACUAAAACAACGAUUUAAUGAUGCAAAUAAAGUAUUUGGCUUGCAGUGUAAUAGAACAAGCUGGAUUUCUUAAGUUCAUCUAAACUUGAUCAGACAAUGCACAAGCAUCAGUAAUACAGUAGCCGACAGUGUUUUUAUCAUGCAGUAUACUGUGCAUACUGCAUUAAACUUUUAGUUAGGCAUUUUAGAAGGUAAGAAGUCUUCACAACAGGGAGAGGUAAGUGGUUUUUUUAAUGUACAACACAAGAGGUUACUGUAUUUUUUUUUAUCUAUUCAAAUUUGUUUUGUUUUUUCGAAGUAUAGUACUGUACUGUACCAUAUAUGUACUGUAUGUAUGUUAUCGUUUACAUAAAGGAAAACAUAAUUUGGUGGACCUAAAAAUUCUCAAAAUAUUAUUGACAUUUAACAACAUAGGGUUCAGAGAGCAGGGUGAAAUCCCAUAUAGGUCAUUAGAGUGAGUAAGUAUAGUACCAUCAAAUGUGAACUAUUCCCAUGGCCUUCCUCCUGCCACUGUAACGGGAUGUGGGAAAUGUGUCUGGCUAGGUACAUAUUUGCUACACACAAUUUAUUCGUGAGCUGUAAAUGAAAGAGAGACCUGCACGUUACUGUCACAACUGCAUUGUCCCAUUAAUAGUCAUACACCACCCCAUAGAAUGUUCUGAUUUUCACGAUCAGAAAUUUUGCUUUCUUUUGGUUCCUUUCAUUUGUGUGUUGCUUGAUAAGUUCCUCUGUGAAUCGGAUUCCAUUGACAUUACUCGUCUUUCUGCUCUCAUAUUUUCAUCCUAAAUGCUAUCUACAAGCUUUUGAAUAUUGUGAAACUGACAGUGGUCUACACUAGCAUUCAGGGCUCGGCACUUUCUUUUGAUAAGGACUGUUCUUGCCCAAGCAACGGUUCAACAAAAUAAUAUCAGUGACACUGAUAUUCCAACCCAUCCUCAUGUUCAUGAUAUAACUAUAUAUACAUACAUAUUGAAAAGUCCUUUUUCAUAAAAGAUAUAUGUAGUACAAACAUUACAAUUUUCAUGUAUAGCAAAAGCAAAAAAAAUUAAUUUUUUUUUAACCUAGUCAUAUUCCUGUCUUAGGAUAUAUUAGGCCUAGUUUAUGCAAGGUUUUUGUUUUUUAUUUUUCCCUUUUAAAUAUUUUAAUUUUGAGUGUGCAUGUCGGUGUAGAACAAGCAUGAAGAUGGGUUGAGUGAUAUAAAUUUUAAAAGUAGCUAUUUAUGAUUAGUUAUUAUGAAUAGUGUGUUCCUAUUUAGAGCAGUGCUUUUCCAUUUUGUACAAAGUCAAACUACAGUAAAUUUCCAUGUUCAUGUUUUCAUAGUUAUGUAUGAGCACUUUUGAUGUUGAGCAAACAUUCGUGGCCUCCUUCAGCUCUUGCCUUGAUAACUUUAGAACGUAAUAUGACAUGUACAGUUCUAAGUUAACCAAGUUGAUUUGACUACCAAAUUCUACAACAUUUCUGUUUGAUAUGUGUAAAAUUGAACUAUAUUCUCUCUAAUUUGUCUCUGAACAAUUGAAUUGCUUUUCAUUUGUGAUGACUAUCAUAUGUCUUAAGAUUUAAAAUAUCAGAUUUUUAAUAUUGUGAAUAUUACGUUGCCGUCUUGCUUGUAUAAAGCCUCGUAUGUUUUAACAGCAGAGAUUUACCUGAAAAGUCGUUUUGCCCCUACAAGUAUUUAAAUGGUCUGUCACCUGUAUGGAUCCUUUAAAAUUUUACUAGUUAAGACUUGCUAGAAAUUUGUUUAAACAUUCUGAAUACUCAAAAUUGUUUUCUUCUACAUGAACUUUAUUUCGCUAGGUGAGAUUUACUUUAAAAGUUUUAAAGACAAUGUGGACAAUGAAGUUUUUUUUUCUGUAUAAAUUUUUAU